AACAUUUUGCGCUCACUCAAAAAAAAGUCCCAUGUUGUUCAUCGCCAUAUUACUAACAGUGAUUUUCAUAAUCGGCGCAAUAGUUUACUGGUCGCAACCCCUCGAAGAACCAAAAGUAGAUUCUUCACCAAUCCGAAAUAUAUUUGUAAAUGACUCCGAUGAUAAAUUCUUCGACGGAGACGUAAAAGAUUUCAUCACCGAGUUAAAAAAUUCAUUGUCAAAAAAUCCACUCCUACCCAAGCACGCAGAUUUAUUUAACAAUUACAACACCGAUUUCACUGAAGCCUACGGAAGAUAUUUCGUUGAUAAAAACGUACCUAAAAUUCGGGAAAUCUCUUUCUUUGGUAUCGCGAUGAUUUCAAAAUAUGUGGAGACUAACAGAAAAAUUUAUUUAUCUGUCGCCGAAAAUCUUAUAAAAAAUACAAACGAAAAAUUAAACCAAAUAAAGAUGAGUAAUCAAGAAAUACCAUGGGACAUUGAUUGGUACGAUAUUUCCGUUUCACUAACGCGCAUGCUCGCAACGUAUCAAUUAACUGACGGUAAUGAAGAACUUAAACGAAAUUCUCACAAUAUAAUUAUCGAAAUAAUUCCGAAAAUUAACGAAUCAUUGGGCUGGACCGUACAGGGACUCGAACUUGCUUCAAUUUCGGUCCCCAGAUUAAUUACUAAUUUCAUUAAUGAACCUGAAAAAUUGUACCGCGAUCUUGAAUUGGGUAUAAUUCCGAGCAUUGUUAAUGAAAUAUGUACAGUUGUUUACAACCCCGGCACUACCGGCGAUGGAAUUUAUUUUGACGGCUCGUCUGUAGAAAAUGGUGUCGCGACUUUUGAAAAUUUAUCAAAGUUCAGUGAAUUUUAUACUGUUACAUUUCGAACCCUAUAUUAUUCCGUGGACGUCGAUAAGUUUGUUACUGAAACAUUUGACAAAAUCCUUCACCCGUCGAUGGAUUUUAUACCUUACGGAUUAUUUGGAGUCGAGCCAAAAAUAAAUUGCACUGAAAUUUUGUCAAACAAUUGGCCAAAUUAUAAAAGAAAAUCAAAAUUUGGCGUCAAUAUAUUUCCUCGUAUUGGUCUCGGUGCAUUUAAGUCAUCAAAUUUUGUAUUUUCAUUGCGCGUCCAACGCCCGGACCUCGCGAUCUACGAAAGUGAUCCGAAAAAUUUUGAAUUUCCCGCGGGAUGGGUUCAAAUGCGUAAAUUAUAUCUUACAAAAGUUGAAUACCGUAAAUAUGAAAAUGAAAUGAAAUGGCCUGAGCUUAAAUUACAACCGGGCGUGAUAUCUUUUGCUGAUGAUAAUUCAAAUGAUUUUAAAGAAUUGAAAUCUGAAUUUGGCCGCCAGCGAUAUAUUUACGAAAAUGUUAAGUCGUUAAUUGGACAUUUGGAAAAUUUGGGAAAAUCGGUGAUGUAUUGGAGGAAUGAAUAUAAUUUUCAUGUUUACCAAAAUGUUGACAUAAUUGAGUUUGGAAUUUGCACUGAAAACGGUUUAGUUAUGAGAUAUGACGUCAAUAAUAAAUCGAACAGGGUUUUGAAGAUAAAAUUGAGUGAUGACGAUAUUGCUGGAAAUUUGAUGCACUUUGACGGUAAAUUCUUCGAGAUGAAUUACAGCGACGGUGUGGUAACGAUGGAAAAAAAUUCUAGAGAAGUAUUAAAUUGGCGGCAAGUUUUCGACCUGGAUGUUAAACCUUGGGACGUUAAUUUGGACAGAACGGAACAACAUAUUUCCUUCUCGAUUGAUUCUGACGAUUAUGUGAUUGAGUCUUAUGACGAUUAUCACGUUGUCAGACGCAAUGGGGAUUUGACACUCGCUGGAAGUUUCAAGACGUUUAGUCAAACAAUUAUUAAUCAUUCGGAUAGAGGAAAUAAUUAUCAGUUUCAAUUGGACGGUGCUACACUUAUGUAUCGGCUGUAAUUUAUAAAUUUGAAUAUUUAUGAGAUUUAUUUGAUUAUUACGAU